AUGCACUUCCUGGAGCAGGUUUCGCACGUCAAGCGCUGCAUGGGGGGCCGCAGGGCUGCGAGGAGGUCCGCGGCAGCGGGGCCCCGUCGCCAGGCGAGUGCGCCUGCUCCUCCCCGCAGCCUGCCAGACGUGCUCAAGGCGGCCGGCCUGUCGGAGCACGCGCCCGCGUUCCAGCGGGCAGAGGUCAUGGUCGACAUCCUGCACACCCUCUCCGACGCUGAGCUGGCGGAGUUGGGGAUCACGCAGGCCGGCGCCAGGCAGCGCCUCCUCGGCUCGCUGACGUGCCGGCCGGCGCCGGCUCCGGUGCCCGGGUCCAAGGCCCCGCGCCCCCUGCGCCAGGUCCUGCUGCCCAUUCAGCUCCCCUGGAACUCCCCCGCCCCCAGCGCAGCCUGGCUGCCGUGUGCUGACCCUGUUCGCGACCGCAGCCCUGCGCCGCCGGAGGCCUCGGGCCGCGCCUGGGAGGCGGCGGCCCUCUCGCCCCUGCGCCGCCGGGCUCCCCGUGCCAGACCAAUCGCCGGCCCGGCGUCCCCGCCCCGCCGGCGGGCGCGUCUGGCUUGCCUGGGUCCAGGGACACAGCUCCCCCCGGGGUCGCGCCUGGUGUCCCCGCCCCGCACGCUGUGGCACGCUGCGGGGACGUGCGCAGCGCGCGGCGCGGGCCCCUCAGCCUCCGAGAGGCUGGCGCGCCAAGAGGCGGCAGCCGGCGCCGCCGCCGGCCCCGCCCCGGCGGACCAGCUGAACCGCGGCGGGCGGGUGUUUGCCGCGCCGGGCCCGGGCGCCGAGCCGCGCGGCGCCAAGCUGGUGAAGCUGCAGGCUCUGCGGUCCGAGCUGGAGCACCACCGUGCCACGGUCCGGGACCUGGAGGCACUGGUGGCCGGCCUGGAGGCCGAGCUGGAGGGCGGCGGGUACUGA